UGAAGCUAGGGCAGUCUUCUCUCCCUUCACUUCACGACGAAGACCUCAGCGACCGCUUGAAGCUGCCAUUGCGACAUUGGUGCAUUGAUUUUCUCUUCUUCUUCUUUCCUUUCGUUUUCUUUCUUUUUCCAAUCAUCAAUUGGAUUCCACAAUCUCAACCAUCCAUUUUUUUUUCUCUUCAUCUGCACUCCGUAUCUGAUUUUCGCAUAGAAUUUCUUGGUGUAACAGAAUCCUAAAGAAGGUGUAUUUUCUUAAGAACUUAAAUUUCCAAAUGACCUUUGAAAGAGUGGCAGGGAAGGUCAAUGCUCACAUAUUGAGUCACCCAAAGGACUUGAUGGAGUUGGAGCCUAUAUAAUGCCUAAUGUUAUAAUUUGAAUGGCAAUCAUUAAGCCCAUGCGGGUAUGUGACUGACUUUUAUGCCUCAAGCUUGUAGUCGUGCUUCAAGAGUGAGCAAAUUCUUUUACCAAAAUAGCAAGAUCUUUGAUUUAUCCUCUGUUGUAAUUGGCAGUGGGCAUCAUUUUAGACUUUUCAGUGCUAUGAAAGAAAUUAAAGUCAAAGCUGGUUCUAAGUCAGAUCCUCAUCUGUCAAAUGAUGAAACAAAUGCACAACAAUCAUCUUGUGCAAAUCAGGGAUGCUCAUCAAACGUGCAGUGCACCCCUGAAAUUGAAAAGAAGUAUGUGCAUCGUGUUUAUGAUGCCAUUGCACCCCAUUUUAGUUCCACUCGAUUUGCGAAGUGGCCAAAAGUUGCAGCAUUCUUAUCCUCAUUGCCUCUAGGCUCCCUCAUCCUGGAUGCUGGCUGUGGUAAUGGAAAGUACUUGGGUUUUACUCCCAACUGCUUUUUUAUAGGAUGUGAUAUUAGUGCUCAACUUAUCAAAAUUUGUAAAGAAAGGGGGCAUGAUGUUCUGGUGGCUGAUGCAGUAAAUCUUCCUUACAGAACUGGUUUUGGCGAUGCAGCAAUCUCUAUAGCUGUAUUACAUCAUCUAAGUACUGAGAACAGGAGGAAGAAAGCAAUUGAAGAAUUAAUACGUGUUGUUAAAAAAGGUGGCCUAGUUUUAAUUACAGUGUGGGCUGUUGAACAGGAGGAUAAAUCUUUAUUGACGAAAUGGAUGCCACUUACAGAGAAGUAUGUUGAAGAGUGGGUUGGACCAGGUAGUCCCCGUGUUCGUAGUCCUUCAUCAUUGGCACUUGAAAGCAUUCCUGAAAUGAAUGAAAAUGGUUCAGGUAUUCAUCUAAGGGAUUCCAAGGAGAAUUUCACUGGAAGUAUGCCAGAAAAUAAAUCUCUACCAUCUCAAAGUGGAGACGAGUUGCCGAGUUGUAUUGAUGAAAACUUAUCAAAGACUGCCCAGCAAGAAUAUUUUGUACCAUGGCACUUACCUUAUCAUCGUGCAGAAGUCAGCGGCACGUCUGCCAGUGCCCUUGCCAGUGGUUUAGCAAAGAAAGAUGAUAAAAAGGCUGCUGUUGUGUAUAACAGAUACUAUCAUGUUUUCAGUGAAGGCGAGCUUGAAAGGCUAGUUUCUGGUAUGGACAACGCAGUAGUGAUCGAUCGAUUUUAUGACAAGUCAAACUGGUGUAUAGUUCUUGAGAAAACAGUGUGACCUAUGGAAUGAGCCCACUGGCCUAUAUGAAGAUGAUUCCAACGUGGACGUGCCUGCCAACUCAAAUCGUCAUUAUUUCAAAAUGAACUCGCGGUGCUGAAGGUGGUAUCCCUUGAUGUUUAUUGCUCUUGCUAUCUCGGAUCUGUUCUUGGCCAAUCCUGGUUUGGAGAUGGAGAUCUGCAGGUUCCCUUGAAGAAAAUGCAUGCACUGUAAGGAUUUUGUAAUGGUAUUGUGAUUGAUAAUGCGCUGGAUUUCCCUCUAGCUCAGUUCUAAAUUGUUGCAUUGAAAAAUUUGGCUUCGUUUUAAUAAAUUAUAUUUGAUUGUCAACGAAGCCUUUGUGCCAUCCCAUGUAACCUGCUGUUUUUUACUUCGGAUUGGUGAAUUAGUUCAUAAUGGCACCAUGGUUGCUGCAA